CAUUCAUUAAUUAUGUAAAGAGAACAUCAGGUUGGUCUGUACAAUGCUCAACAUUAAAAAAAAAUGAUUUUCUAUUUUUUAUUAAAUAAAAAUACGAUUAUUAAAUUAAUUUUCAUCCUCAGCAACCUUGGAAACUAUUGUUGACAUUGUAAUCAUUACAGUUUGAGUUAUCGUUUUUAUUCUAUAAUUCUUUUUAACAAGAAUUGAUAAGAAAUAAGAAAGUAAUGAAGCCAUCAAGGUAUAAAAAAUUAAACAACACAUCCCAUUUCAGCUUAUGUCAACACAAGAUUGAUCAACUGACCUAAUUACGUUAAUAAACCUUGAUUUUAUUUGUAUAUAAACCUUUUAUUAAUAAUUAAUGAUCAAUUAUCCUACAAUUUAUUGUCUUUUAUAAUUAAUUUAUUAUUUCAUGAAAAAAUAAUGACAAUUUUUGUAACUAAUUAAUGUAAAAUUAUUUCUAAUUUAAAUUUAAAAUAAUAUUAAGAUUCAUUUUCUGACAAUUGUGAAAGAAGGGAUUAUUCGAGACCUAGAACUGAAGUAAAUCAAACAGAUAAUACGUCUGAAAAUGCUAGAAACUGAUAAUGAUGAUGGUGAAAUGAAAGAGAUAUAAAAAGUUCAGAGCAUUUCAACCUCAUUCGAGAACCUUUUUUCUAUCAAACAACACAUCAAGAUGAUCAGCAAUAUUUUAUUCAUCUAUCUAACAUUUUCUGUUAUUUUUGUUGGACUAAAAGCAUUACCAAUAGCUGAAGAUCGCAUUUGGUCCACAUUUCUAGACAUCAAUGAACUUAGUGUUGAUGGCUUUGAUGAUGUGCGAUUGAAUCUGGUUAAAGGAAACAAUCCUUUCCAAGAUGACGAAAUGAUGUUGGAAAUAGUUAAGCUGAUAAGUGGUGAAAGAUCAUCAGUGACCAUCAAGCGCAGUAAAAUCCUAGCAGACAAAUCCACAGCUGUUUGGUAUGGACAGAAUACUUACACAGGCUUUGGAGACAUCAGCUAUCAAAAAUCAACCAUUGACCAAGUUCCUGAAGGCUUCCCUGAUUUUGCAAUGUUCCAAAAUUAUCAAGAAAAAGUGGCAUUGGUAGCUUUUGGAAAUAAAACUCAUUGGACAUGGGAAGGAUUCAUUGGAGAUUCUGUCAUCCAGCAUGUCUUUGAGAAUCUAUAUGUCCUCCUUGAUGUCACGUUUCCAUCUCCAGCAAGCUUUUCAGAAAAAGUUAAAAAAUAUAAUUAUUCUACUCCAAACCAACUGCCAAUGAAUUUAAAUUCAACAAGAAGGCAGAUUAUACCAGAGAUCUUGGUAGCUUUGGAUUGGAAGUCAGUCGAGAAUAAAACCGCUAGAGAUGUGAUAAAAGAGAUGAUUGUUUAUUACAAUGCUGUUGAUAUGCUGUUCUCUCAGUUCGCAUCACCAAGUAUUCAAUUAAACAUCGCAGGUAUUGUCAUCCCAAAGGAUUCCAAAUCAUCACCAUACUUUGAAAAGACAAGCUGUAAGAUAGAAGAAGAGUACUACUCCAACGAAUGUCUCAGCUAUGUUCCAAUUCUUGAUCAUUUAAUCAGACAUUUCCGGAAGUAUAAUGACAUCUUUCUCACCAAAGAUUAUGACAUGGUCAUGGGAAUGACUGGUCUUCCACUUUGUGAUGCUGAUGGGGUUUGUGAACACUAUGGUACAUCUUUUGCCAGUGGAACCUGUGAAAAUGUAGAUGAUGAUCUUUAUCCUCCGAUCCCAGGAGUUGUUCGUCAUCCUCAUUUCCGAGGGAACUACUUCCUAGCAGCACAGGAAAUAGGACACAUCCUUGGCAGUGAAUAUAUAUAUGAGUGGGCUCCAUUUAGCUAUGGAGGAAUCAUGAGUAGGAUUGAGAGUCAUCAAGAUUUACAUCAGCGAGGAUUGAACUGGUCCACUCAUGCAGUUCAUGGGAUCUCUACUCAUAUCAGGGAAAGAGAGAAUUAUACUAGAUGUAUGUGGAACCUUCCGAGAGUCUUUGAAAAGCCUGAAGGAGCUUCAACAACUACUGAAUUAAUAACUAAAUGUGGAGGUACUCCAACAAGUGCUUCAACCACUGUAGAAACAACAACUGAGGCAGUUACGACUUCAGAAGCUUCUACUGCUGCUCCUGAUGCUACUACAACGGGAAAUAAUUGUGGAGGUACUCCAACAAGUGCUUCAACCACUGUAGAAACAACAACUGAGACAGUCACGACUUUAGAAGCUUCGACUGCUGCUCCUGAUGCUACUACAACGGGAAAUAAUUGUGGAGGUACUUCAACAAGUGCUUCAACCACUGUAGAAACAACAACUGAGGCAGUUACGACUUUAGAAGCUUCUACUGCUGCUCCUGAUACUACUAAAACAGGAAAUAAUUGUGGAGGUACUCCAACAAGUGCUUCAACCACUGUAGAAACAACAACUGAGGCAUUUACGACUUUAGAAGCUUCUACUGCUGCUCCUGAUACUACUAAAACAGGAAAUAAUUGUGGAGGUACUUCAAAAAUUCCUUUCACUUCUACAGAAGCUACAACAAUUGAAGAAACUACUACUGUAGCUGCUACUACCAAUAUCACUGUUACUUCCUCUACACCUGUUGAUCCUGCGACUGAAAUUACUUCUACAGCUAUUCCUGAUGAUGUUACCACAAGCAUAACUUUUACGACUGUUUCUACUGGAGAUAUGACCACUACCAAGCCUACAACUCUGAUAAGAGAUGAUAAUUUGAUAAAAAAAAUAUCUAAAACUAUGAGAAAAAUUCAUUCAACUGAUCCUGUGACAGUGAUAGUAGUUAAAAGAAAUACAGAUGGUACUGAUGAUGUGAUUGUACAGCGACCGAAAACUUUGAAAACUAUUGUCGGUGAUGUGGUUCACAAUAUUUAUAAUUUUAUAGGUGGAUUAAUUAAAAAACAUGUAGAUGACUAG